UUUCCCUUAUUACAAGAAAGGAAAAACAAGAAAGAACCAAGGAACAAGUUAUGAAGGAGCGGAUGACAACACCAGCUGGGAGACACCACAGUCAUGCCGUCUGCUGACGAAGUUGUGAAGUCCAGCUGGGCUGAUGAAGUCGAAGAGGUAGAAGGAGGGAACCUUCCACCUCCAGUUGAGAAAAAUGAUGGAAACACAAAGACUAUCACAGAGUAUUCUUUAAACGAGGAUGGAAAGAAAGUAAAGAUUACAAGUCACUACCGGAUUGAGAAGCAUCGGGUGGCCAGGACUAUUGCUAAAAGGAAGACUUGGGCCAAGUAUGGCCUUAGUAAAAAUGACAAACCUGGCCCAAAUCCAGCCACAACCAUCACUGCUGAGGAUGUCUUUAUGCACUUCUUAAGCAAUAAAGAAGAAGAACAGAAUGAACAAGAAGAGUUGAAGAAGAAGCUGAUGGAUGCUCAGAAGGGACAAGUAAAAUGUCGUUUGUGUAAGGAAGACCAUUGGACCAAGCAGUGUCCCUACAAGGAUAAAUUGGAGCCUCUCCGUUCAUCACUCCUGGGAGAUGAGAAAGUUGAGGAGGAGCCUCCACAGCCAGGUAGUGGACCUCCAGUAGACAAAGCCAAGAUGAGUGGUGCGGGAACGCAGGGAAAGUAUGUCCCACCAUCCAUGAGGGAUGGAGGCUCCAAGAAGGGCGAGAGUAUGAUGUCAGCGAGAGGGAGAGAUGAAACUGCAACUGUGCGUGUUACUAAUCUGUCUGAGAACACCCGGGAGCAGGAUCUGCAGGACCUCUUCCGCCCCUUUGGAGACAUCAGUCGUAUUUUCCUUGCCAAAGACAAGAAUACUGGACAAUCAAAGGGCUUUGCAUUUAUUAACUUCAAGAAAAGGGAAGAUGCUGCCAAGGCUAUCCAAGUUCUCAAUGGUUAUGGUUAUGAUCAUCUAAUUCUCAGUGUAGAAUGGGCAAAACCUUCUGGUACUCAGUAAAUUAUGCGGCUUAGGGGAAAUAAGUUCUCUGCUAUGAUUUGAAAUCUUGGAUAAAAUAAAGCACAUGUUGAAAUAAAAGUGUUUUGCUAAA